AUGUCUUCCCUCCUGGGUCCCGAACUGGGACGACAAUACCUCAAAACCAAGGAGGGGGAGUGGAGUGUGCCGGAGGAAGCGGAGGUUGGGGAUGGGGUUGUGUUGUUGGAGGGUGGGAGUACAGCGUUUGUACUUGGAGGACAGGAGAAUGGGGACCACGUGGGGGGUGGUUGGGGAGUGUUUUGUGAACGGGGUGAUGGAUGCGCCUUGCAGAGCAAUCUCCAUGUAGGUACCAUCGAGUCCCGUCGUCUGCUCAUUUCCCACCUGCCUCCAGUCAACAUCACAGCCCACCACCCACAGCCCACCCACCUCCUCCAAGCUCCUGCUCUGAAGCUCACCCUCUCAACGCAUACGCCCAACUUUCUUGCUAAAUCCUCCCACCACCCCUUCUCCAGCGCUGGUACCGCGUGCAUCUGGAUCCUCAUGAACGACGUCUCUGGAACCGAUCCGUCCGUUGCGCUGCAGAAGAAGGCUGAGCCAUCGGCCCGCAACCACCAUGAGUGGAAAUACCGGUACGAGUGCCGCCGCAUGCUACAGUCAUUCAUCGACGACAUCCAGCACCGUAUAGAAAUCGACGAAGCCACCAAAGCCAACCAGGAACUCAAGCAAUUCUGGGACAGAUAUAUUGCCGGCAACCCGCAAAAGCUGGGAGCAUUCGUUGGAGUGUUGAGGGAAUUGCGAGCUGCCAUCGUCAGUGAAGAUGACUUGCUGGAAUGGUAUCACCUGGCUGGCAAGCCCGUGCUGGCCAGUGUCGGCUUCAAGAAAACAGCCUUGGACGACGCCCAAGAAUUUGUGGCCAGCGUCAUGAUUUACGAUGAGCAUGAAAACAAUGCCAAGCAGCGCAGCCGCACGUCGACUAGGAUAUGCAGUGAUCUGCUGAACGUGUAUCUCGCCAGAACGAGAGCCCUGGCGGAAGAGGACCAAUUCGUGGCCCCGGACAAUGCCCAGAUUGCACAGCAGGUGGAAGGUGUCUUGGUAGCAUGCGGCAGAAAGAUGCCACGCCAGCUCUUCCACAGUUUUGACGAUCUCAUCGUGAGACCCGAAACCAGACUGCAAGGACUUGCGCUACUUUCUUCAUUCCUUCGACACCAGACGCCGCAUAUCUACACUGUUCAGCAUACACCGGUCGUCGAGAAUCUCUUGAAAUGUCUCAUGAACGACACCUCUACGACAGUCCUUUCAGUAGCCCUGACAUCGCUGAUCAUGCUCUUGCCGCACAUUCCCGGGUCGCUGAAUUCAACCCUACCACGGCUCUUCCUCAUCUACAGCAGAUUGCUCUGCUGGGAGCGCUUCUCGGCACUCAGCACAGACGCGCAAAAGAAUCUGGUGAAAGACGAUCGCAUUGCCGCGGACGAUGAUUACGACCAUGGCGACGUCGGAAUCGAUUCGACUUGGGAGAAGUGCAGACCCCGAGAAGGUACUGUCGAGGCUUCCACUCCAGAGCUGAAGACAUACUACACUUACCUCUACGGCUUGUAUCCUCUCAACUUCAUGAGCUAUAUUCGCAAGCCCCGCCGAUUCUUGAAAAAUCUCGAUUUUCCGGGCGCCGACGACUUCGACCUUGACCAAGCAGUCAUCCGAAGCAGGAGCGACCAGUUUCGGCAACUGCACCUUCUGCACCCCAACUUCUACAACCUUACCAUCGAGGAGGAGCUAAUUGAUCCAAAAUGGCCGAGAAUGGAUCCUGCCGAUGUUGUUGCUGAAUGUCACAGUCUAGCUAUCGAUUCCAGAUCGCCGCUUGCCAGUCCAGGCCCUCCACCUACUGGCAAGUUGCCAGCGCUGCCGCCUCUGCCACCCAUACCGUCAAGCAACAAUGGCUCGAUAUCACCGGCCGUUAGUCACACCAGCUUGCGUUCUGGGCACAGUUGGCGUGACACACUGUCUACAGCCGUCUCUUCUGGCAUCCACAUUGAUGGCGAUAGUCCUGUGCUUGGCCCGCAAGACGACGCUGUCGAGAUGCUGCGACCUCGUAGCAAGGCAGGUGUUGAGAAGAUGCGUUCAUCUCCAGUCCUUGACGAGUUCCCUCUGCCAUCAGGUGGACUUCCCGGGCCGCAGCAGAUGAGGGAUCCCUCAGAGCCUCCGCCGACCACCAACCUUGCCUACCUUCAACGAGAGAUUACUCUCCUGCGCAACGACUUGAAUUUUGAGCGAUGGCACAAAGCACAAUACUCGCAACACAUUGGCCAGCUAAUGCGCAAGAACGUGAAGGAUGCCACGGUCGAAGCGGAAACACUCAAUCUCAUCAACGCCAACCGCGCUCUGAAGCAGCAGCUAGAGCAAGUGCGAAAAGAACGUGAGGCAACCAUCAGAGACUCGAACUUGACGCGGAAGCAAGCCAACAAUCUCGAAUCUAACAUGACCGAGCGCUUCAACAAGAUGAAGAAGGAGCAAGAGACCUGGAAUGCCGAUGCCGAAGAGCUCCGCAGACUUCGUACUCAGAUGAAGACCUACCGCGAUCUGCUGUCCGAGACGGAGGCACGUGAGCUGAAGACGGCGCACGAGCUGGAGAUAGUCAAGCGUAAUCUGGAGCAGAUGAAGAAUCUCGAGGCUCAGCUUGAAGAAGCACGACGCAAGAUUCGCGAGUAUGAGUAUCGGGAAUGGGACUUUGAUCAAGCAAAGCGCGAACACGAGCUUCUCCAAAGCGAGAAAGAGACACUCCAGAUGCGCAUCAGACGGCAGGACCAGGACCUCCAGCGCACGAAGCAGAUGUACAGCGAACGUCUUGUGGAGAUGGAGGCGUCUCUUGCAGGAGGCGCGGAGUUUGAUCGUCCUCCGACCGCACUGUCGCUACAGCCUGGCUCGGGUGCCCCAAUUGCUACACAACGGGAGCUGGAAGACACAAAGGCGAAAUUGAUGCAGCUAAAGAAGUCUCAUUCGCGCCUGCUCGAGCGCUACACCGACCUCGAGAUGGAGUAUCAAUCGGUCAAGAGCCAGCUUGCAACCAUCCAGCAAGGGUAUGGGGGAGAGUACGGCGAUCCGCCUCGGAGUGGUAGUCUUGGUGCUCACUCCACACGGGAGCCUUCAAUCAUGUCGGGUGGCCUGCCAGGGCGUCCAGGCGUACUUGAGAGUGUGUACGAUCUGGCAAGCGAGUAUGGUGCACCCUCAGAGCUGGCCUACACCAACAUCAGUCAAUCAGAUCCCACAGACAAGAGGUACAUGAAGCGAUCAUCGACUUUAGCACUUCACCGCGGGGAUAUGCGUGGUCGCCCGGUAUCACCAAUCUCACCACCACGCAGCGAGGCUACCAUACACAGUGCUGCUGGCUUGACUUGGAAGCCAGCUGCCGCUCAGACGACCAAGUCGCAAGAUUCUGAAGUCUCUGGCUUCAACGCAACGCGACCACUUGGAUCAGACGAACGAAGCAUCCUCAGCGGUCAGAGUGGUGGCAGCGGUGGCGGUCCCAAGAAGGAUAAGAUCGAUGUUAAGAGCGAGGUCAGAGUCUAUGGGAGAGGCGGCGCUCAAAACAUCAAGCUCAAGUCCAAAGAGGCCGCCAAACCUGAUAAGACGAAAGGUUUCGCCGGAAAGCUCGGCAAAGGUCUAGGGUUGUCCUAGCAAGGCAAGAACGAGGACUCCUCUGAUUCAACUUUCACUUCCUCUGAGACGACUGCGAAUGCAGCUGACCUCGCACAAGCUUUCGUUCGAAUACAGAUGUUCCCCUCGAGUUUGUGGAUAUGAAGAGCAUGACUUCACGAAAAGACGGCGAGCAAAGAUUUUUUGGCAUGGCAUGGCGCUGAGGACGAGCGAAUAUCUGGGAGGGAAAAUUGCUUCUUUAUCAUACCCUGCCAGCAAGCCCGAUGUGGCUAUAUAGCUGGUUCGCGCUGGAUGACGAAAGCUGUUUGUGUGUAUGUGUCAGCUUCAGCAAUGAUUGCUAAAGUAGUGUAGGCCUUUCCGCCGUGACCUUCCUUCCACAAUCUCCUCUUGCC